CUGUUUUAAAGUCUCUCCCAGACUUCGGCUCAUGCGCUACUUCCUGUAUGGCGGAAUGGAAAGCUUCCAGAGCCGCACCAACUCUUCUCUCUGUGUUUUCAGUCUGAUGCAUGGACUGCAGCUCCUCUAAGACCUCUCUCCUAUUCCACACACCAACCAUACACAGCUCGCCUGACAUGUUUUUCCUCCGGACUACAAGCUCUGCCAUCUGAGGGAGAACGAAAAUAAAAACUGUUUUCUUUGGCUUGGUUAAACUUCAAAAAAAAAAAAAAAAAAGAAAAAAAGAAAAAAUCUCUUUUCCAAGGGACUCACUUAAGGAGGCGGUCGAUUUAUUUUUCGCUCGCGAGAAGUUAUUCACGUCGUAUUUGUGCGUAUAAGUCUAUUUAGUGCAUUUGCAUCGCGUCUUUGUGGAAGUUUUUUUUUUUUUUCGAUCAUCAGGAGGAUAACUCUGUCAACAGUUGCCUUAUUCCCAGUUCUCCAUGUAUACGGUGUGACAUGCGGAGGCUACUGCGACCGCGCUGCUGCUGGUGGAUUCCGCCUCUGAUUUUCUCCUCGCUUGCGCUCCGGUGGGCAAACUGUCAUCCCGCAUUGGCUGAGGAGGAGAAGGUGGAGGAUCAUGACCGACCAAUCGGAGACAGGCACCGCAGAGCGUCCGAAGAGUCCUACUGGGCCUACUCAGGGACAUACGGACCAGAUUCAGGGUGGGCAGCAGCUUUUCCUGAGUGUCAGGAGAAAAACCAAUCACCGAUCAAUAUAGCCGACCAGGACACUAAGGCCUCGAUGGAGUAUCAGGAACUCACACUGGACGGGUUUGACACCGAGUCAUCCAACAAGACGUCAAUGAAGAAUACAGGCAAAACUGUGGCGAUCCUCUUGAAGGACGAUUAUUUUGUGAGAGGAGCCGGGCUGCCAGGUCGCUUCAAAGCAGAGAAGGUGGAGUUCCACUGGGGCCAGAGCAAUGGUUCAGAUGGCUCUGAGCACAGCAUCAAUGGCAGGAGAUUCCCUGUGGAGAUGCAGAUCUUCAUGUAUAACUCAGAUGACUUUGAUAGUCUUAACACAGCCAUAAGGGAGAAGCGAGUAAUUUCAGCAAUGGCUGUCUUCUUUCAGGUGGGCAUGAAGGACAAUCCUGCAGUAGAUCCAAUAAUUCAUGGUCUUAGAGGAGUGGUGCAUCACGAGAAAGAAACAUUUCUGGAGCCCUUUGUACUGAGGGAUCUGUUACCAUCCUCCAUCGGGAGUUACUACCGUUACAUUGGCUCUCUGACCACCCCUCCCUGUAGUAAAGUUGUGGAGUGGAUCGUCUUCAGUCGCCCUGUGUUUCUCUCCUACAAACAGCUGGAGGCGUUUUACUCAAUCUUCACAACAGAACAGCAGGAUCAUGUUAAAUCUGUGGAAUACCUGCGUAACAACUUCCGCCCACUCCAAAGCCUGGACAACAGGGAGGUUUUCAAAUCUGCCGUCAAAGACGCUUGGCUGCCUGACUUGACCGACAUCCUAGGGAACCCGUAUGGUACCGAGGCAUCCAAAGCAUGCAGCAGUGCUCCGAUCAACAUGAACGUCCAGCACAUAAAUAAGACAGCUCUAGUGGUGCGAUGGUCUCGUCCGGAGACUACCUAUGAUCCUCCCAUCAUCAGCUACCUUGUUUCCUACAGCUGGACCAAAAACGAUGAGUCAUACGAGGAGACAUACGUCAAAAGGAGCGAUCAGAAACUGGAAGUUGUCAUUGCACCUGUGUCAACUGAUGUUUUGUACCUGUUCCGUGUCCAAGCAGUGUGUUUGAAUGACAAACGCAGUGACUUUAGCCAGAGCAUGCUCUUCAGAGCUAACACCACCAGAAUAUUUGAGGGGACAAGAAUCGUGAAAACUGGGAUGCCAACAGUCUCCCCAGCAUCCUCAGCAGAUAUGGCCCCGAUCAGCUCCGGCUCAUCCACCUGGACUUCAUCUGGCCUUCCCUUCUCCUUCGUUUCAAUGGCAACCGGGAUUGGCCCCUCUUCCAGUGGCAGCCAAGCCACCGUGGCUUCCGUUGUUACCAGCACCCUCCUGGCUGGGUUGGGCUUCAGUGGAGGUGUCAUAUCCUCUUUCCCCAGCUCUGUCUGGCCCACCAGACCUCCACCCUCUACUCCAACUCCAGCCUCCAACCACCAGACCCCGGCCAAAGCCGUGGUGACAACCACCGAGCCAACUUCCUCUCCAGCCUCUGAUGCGGACACCACCACAGCCUCUGAGAGCGAGGGAUCCGGUAAUGGAGGAGAGAAAGGAGGGAAGGGUGAGGAUGAAGAUGGGGAGAAGAAUGGAGAUGAUGAAGAGGAGGAGGAGAAAGGUGCGGAAAAUAAAGACAGCAGCAUUCCAGAUGACGUUGAAAAGCAGGUGAACAACUCUGUAAUGAAAGAUCCGCCCACAGAAGCGCCAGAUUCGACAGCUAAAGAGAAAGGAGGGAGAAGGAAGGCAGAAAACAGCACAGCGCCAUCAAGUGUCUCGGAGGAGAACGUGGAGAAUAACACACAGAGAGUGGGGGAAGAGAGUACAAAGGUGUCACCUACCAGAGAGCCAGAGGGUGAUGACAACAUGACGUUAGCACUAAAUCCCCCAGAAAGCACGGCUCCGACCAGCAAACCCAACAGAGAAGACCAUGGCCACUUGCCGCCUUUCUCGAUACACACAGAGCGCACCAUAGUCUCCAGCAUGUACCCGAUGCCUGGAUCAGGCAGGAUGGAGUGGAUUAUUCCUCUGGUAGUGGUGUCGGCGCUAACCUUCCUCUGCCUCAUUCUGCUGCUGGCUGUCCUCGUCUACUGGAGGAGGUGCUUCCAAACAGCUCAUUUCUACGUUGAGGACAGUAGCUCUCCCAGAGUCGUGCCCAAUGAGAGCAUACCUGUCAUCCCCAUCCCAGAUGAUAUGGAGGCCAUCCCUGUCAAGCAGUUUAUCAAACAUGUAUCAGAACUCUACUCCAAUAACCAACAUGGCUUCUCAGAAGAAUUUGAGGAAGUGCAGCGCUGCACUGCAGAUAUGAAGAUUACAUCAGAACACUCCAAUCACCCUGACAACAAGCACAAGAACAGAUACAUCAACAUCAUAGCUUAUGACCACAGUCGAGUCAAACUCAGGCCUCUGGCUGGAAAAGACUCCAAACACAGUGACUUCAUCAAUGCCAACUAUGUGGAUGGCUACAAUAAACCCAAGGCCUACAUCGCAGCACAGGGUCCUCUCAAGUCCACAUUCGAGGACUUCUGGAGGAUGGUGUGGGAGCAGAACACUGGCGUUAUAGUUAUGAUCACAAACCUGGUGGAAAAAGGCAGAAGAAAAUGUGAUCAGUACUGGCCAAUGGAGAACAGUGAGGAAUAUGGUAAUAUCGUGGUAACAUUGAAGACAACCAAAGUACUGGCCUGUUAUACACUCCGUGUCAUCACAAUCAGAAAUACCAAAGUCAAGAAGGGUCAGAAGGGCAACACUAAGAGUCGUCAGAGUGAGAGAACAGUCCUGCAGUAUCACUACACUCAGUGGCCAGAUAUGGGUGUACCCGAGUACACUCUACCUGUGCUCACCUUCGUCAGGAAGUCCUCUGCUGCACAGACUCCAGAGAUGGGCCCUAUGCUUGUACACUGCAGUGCUGGUGUGGGCAGAACAGGAACUUACAUUGUGAUUGACAGUAUGUUACAGCAGCUAAAGGAUAAAGGCUCAGUGAAUGUGCUGGGUUUCCUCAAACAUAUACGCACUCAGAGAAACUACCUGGUCCAAACGGAAGAGCAGUAUAUCUUCAUCCAUGAUGCCUUGAUGGAAGCCAUUCUGGGAAAGGAGACAGAGGUGCCCUCAAAUCAGCUGCACAGUUAUGUCAACAGCAUCCUAACACCGGGCCCAGGUGGAAAAACACGACUAGAGAAACAGUUUAAGUUGGUGACUCAGUGCAAUGCCAGAUUUGUGGAGUGUUUCAGUGCUCAAAAAGAGUGUAACAAAGAGAAGAACCGCAACUCUUCUGUUGUCCCAUCGGAAAGAGCACGUGUUGGUCUUGCACCGUUGCCUGGUAUGAAAGGCACUGAUUACAUCAAUGCGUCUUACAUAAUGGGUUACUAUCGGAGCAAUGAGUUUAUCAUUACACAGCAUCCCUUGCCUCACACCACUAAAGACUUCUGGAGGAUGAUUUGGGACCACAACGCUCAAAUCAUUGUCAUGCUACCAGACAACCAAGGCCUGGCGGAGGAUGAGUUUGUGUAUUGGCCAAGUCGAGAGGAAGCCAUGAACUGUGAGGCGUUUACAGUCACUCUUAUCAGUAAAGACAGACUCUGUCUCUCCAAUGAGGAACAGAUCAUCAUUCAUGACUUCAUCCUGGAGGCCACACAGGAUGAUUAUGUUUUAGAGGUUCGCCAUUUUCAGUGUCCAAAAUGGCCAAAUCCUGAUGCCCCCAUCAGCAGCACCUUCGAGCUUAUCAACGUCAUCAAAGAAGAGGCUAUGACUAGAGACGGACCCACUAUAGUGCAUGACGAGUUUGGAGCAGUGUCUGCUGGGAUGCUGUGUGCUCUCACCACACUGUCACAGCAGCUGGAGAGUGAAGGAGCCGUGGGUGUCUACCAGGUGGCCAAGAUGAUCAACCUCAUGAGACCUGGAGUCUUUACCGACAUUGAACAGUACCAGUACCUUUACAAAGCUAUGCUCAGCCUGAUAAGCACUAAAGAAAAUGGAUCCAGUCCCAUGUCCCUGGACAGAAACGGCAGUAUGGCCAUGUCUGAAGAAUCAGACCCCGCAGAAAGCAUGGAGUCCCUCGUCUGAAGCCCCCGAAGAGGCGUGAAGAGGCACUUAAUCUAACUUUGUAAAACUUCAAAGACUUAGACAGAAUUUUCUGAGGCCUUUUUUGCCAGAACUCUUGGUUAAAAGAAUAACCUGAUUACUUUUUUACACUGAUAAAAAGUUUUUGAUAUUUAUUUUUUCGCCAUUUUAUGUCUUAAUGUUAUCCUACUGAACAUUUGCACCGACGUUUUUGAGUUCACAACAAAAAACAAACAAAACACAGUUCUGUCUAGUUUGCACUAUGAAAAUAUCAGUGUUACUGCCUAUUCCACCAUCUCAGUCACUAUCAGUCACUGUCUCACUUUAAUUCACUAUAUCUCACUUUCACACUCCUUAUUUAGACAUUCCAUAAUAAACCUGCUCUCUGAGGCUUUAGAAAUAAUCACUGCAAACAAAAAGUAUCGUCCACACUCACCUCAAAAGCUGAAAAAAGAGAUUAAAUCCAUGUACAACUUGCAUUGCUCAAUGAAGACCCACCAUAAAACGUCAAAUUCGAGCAAUGUGGAUUACAUCCGUUUUGCUUUGAUUGUUUGCUUUGUUAAUUUUACACUCCCUAAAUAAUAUAUCUCUUUGUUCAUUAUGCUUCUAAUCAAAGCCUAUUUUACUUUCGAAAGGUGGUAUUAAAACAGCUACUGUGAACUUUUGUAUGAUUCAUAUUCCACUUUUAAUAUAUAUGAAUAUAUCGUAUAUCAUGAUACCUUGUGCUUUUGUAACUGUUAACUGUCUCAAUGAGCAGCCAUCACAGUUUCCAACAACACGCAAAGGACCUGCCUCUUUGAAGGCGGUGCAGAGGCCCAUGACCUCUCUAGCGCCCCCUGCUGGUUUGAUUUCUCCAUUGCUUUAUGCUGCAAGCUGCUACUUGUGUCACUUGAGUGCAACUGAAUGGGUAAUGACAUUAUUUGAAGCAUUACCUAUUGACUCAUAAUGUAGGAAUUAAUUUCUUCCCACGUCAUUUUGUAAUUUUAUACUGCUCUGUUUUGUUCUUAUUGUUUUAAUAGUUCACUCUCAUAAGCCGUCCUAUAACUUCAAGAAUAAUGUAUGCGAGUCUCUCGAUGCCUUCUGUACAGUCUCAUUUAACCUCUGCAGGUGUGUGUAUGUGUGUGUCGUUUUAAUUGGUUUUACUGAAAUAAUUUAUCCACAUGACUCAGUCCAAAACAUUUCUUCACUAAACAAAACACAUUAAGCAUAAGUAAGUCAAGUUUUGUCCUCAAAUACCGCUAGGAAAACAGUUAUAGUAACAUUAUAAAUGGUUCUCUCAUGCCAUAUUACACAAUGGCCUUGCUAACAGAAAACAUAUGGGGGGACCUAUGAUUCAUUAAUUUUUACCAAAGACUACAACUGUCAUUCACUUCAAUCAUCAAAUCUGUAGGCAUGUCUUUAUUUUUAAUAUUGGAUAAAGUAGUUUUAAAAAGAAUGUUUUGGUAGUGUCUGGAGAAACAACAUGACAUAAUGACAUGCUGUAGAAAAUGAUGAAUCCACGGGCAAAAUAAUAUGUUUUGCUCUGCUUUGCUUUACUUUGUUUUGUUUUGCUUUGAUUUUUGUUUUGUUUUGUUUCGCCACUAAAAUUUUGCUUGAUUGAAAGCUCAUUCUUAUUUUUUUUGAUAAUGCAAUUAUAGUAACGUUAUUGAGAAUGUAUACAAAUGCUAACUUUUGAUGUGAAAGAAAGCAAGCUGUUGAAUUUUUGUUUAUCUUUUUAAAUGUUUUAGGGUGAUGAUGUCAUGCUGUUAAGAUGGAGAGGAUGCACGUAGAAGGUGUUUAUUCAGUUCAUGUCAUGUUUCUCCUAAGUAGGAGGCUAAAAAUUAAGUCACAUCUCUCCAACAUUUGGGGUAAUAUUCUGACAUUGCUAGUAUAUCACGUAAGGUAAUUGGAGGUGAUGAGUUGCAUUUUAAAAUCUUUUCUAACAGUUAUGUCCUGUGGUAUCAAUUUUUUUUCCUUUUUUUGACCUAGCAGUAACACUAUACUUGUGGGUUGCAUCUGCAAAAAUGUUUGCAUUAUCAUGUAAGGAAAUGUACAUGUAUUUUGUUGCUUCAUUAACCCCUCUGAAAGCUUUUUAUCCUGAUAUAUAGCCACAAACUUUAUAUUUUCAUAUAAAAUUUUGUUUUUAGUUUUUUUGUUAGUUUAAUUCUCACACUGAGUUGUAUGCUUACUGCAAAAUGUCCCCGAUUCAUUCAGCAGAUGGCUGGCAUCCCAUUCCAAACACACUCACGUCAGUUAUAAUCUAAGGCAGUGAUUUUGGUAUUUUUGUUAUUAUUAUUUUCUUUUAAUAUAAGCAAAAUUAGUUUCUUUGUCCAGAAGUGCAAUAGAUUAGCUAUUGUUAGUCAAAGAAUAAGUUUAUCCCAUACAAAGCAGGUGGGUGUCACCAUCACAUCCUCUUUUUGUAAUCUGAAAAACAAAAAAGUCGCUUUUUGUUUGUUUUUGUUUUGUUUAAAGCUAUAUCAAAGCAUUCUAUUAUAGUGUUAUUUAAUAUGUAAAUUGUAUUGCUAUACUUAAAAUAAAAUAUGGGUUUUGAUGUA